GCUCGAUACCAGCUUGCCUAUUGGAAAGUCUCAUCCACUUGAGAGUGUUGAAUGCUCGGGAGAAUAGUUUUCAAGGAAGCAUGCCUCAAAAGGUCAGCUCAAGAUGUGCUAUACAAACCAUUAACCUCAAUGGAAACAAGUUAGAAGGGGUGGUACCCAGCUCAUGGGCCAACUGUGCUGAGCUAGAAGUCGUAGACCUUGGUAGGAAUAAGUUGGCAGACUCUUUCCCACAUUGGCUGAUGAACCUUCCUGCACUGAAAGUCUUGGUUCUCAAAAAAAACAAAUUCUUUGGACAUCUACCUGGAAUUUGCGAAGGUAAUCACUUCUUCAUGAAUCUCCAAAUCUUUGACAUCUCUUCAAACCAUUUCACUGGUAGCUUGCCAUCAGAGUGCUUUAAGAGCAUGAAGGCGAUGAUGGUUCAUCAGGGACAGACGAAGACAAUUGGAUACAGGAAUGAUAGUUCAAGCGCACCAUAUUAUCAAGACACGAUUACUGUUAAUUUGAAAGGGUUUGAGAUCCAACUAGUAAAGAUUUUGUCUACCUUCACUUCCAUCGAUUUGUCAGAUAACCAAUUUGUGGGGAAUAUUCCUCAAGUUCUUGGUGAUCUUAAGUCCCUUCAUUCUUUGAACAUGUCACUUAAUGCUCUCACUGGUGAAAUUCCACGGGUACUCGGAGAUAUGAGUGAGCUGGAGGCAUUGGACCUCUCAGGAAACCAAUUAUCAGGAGUGAUUCCGAGUUCUCUAACCUCCCUGACCUUCUUGGCUUUCUUGAAUCUGUCAAACAACAAUUUGAUUGGCAGAAUACCACAGAGCUACCAGUUCUUCACAUUCUCAAAUUCAUCAUUUGAAGGGAAUCCAGGACUGUGUGGGAGCCCAUUAUCAAGGGAUUGUAUUAAUUCAACUAGUGUGGAGCCAUCUUCAAAUUCUACGAAUGCACCCACAGAGUUUGACAUGGACAAGAUUUGGUUCUGGAUGUUCACAGGAUUGGGUUAUGGAGUUGGAUUUGCAGCGGCCAUUAUCUAUCUAUUGUUCUUUCCCAAGUGGAAAAUGUGGUACAAGAGGAGGUUCAUGAACAGAUAAAGACAUACAUUUCUAAAACAAGAGGACAUUCCUUCUUCUGUAAUCAUCAAAGAAACUAUUUCAAAGGCCAAGCUAUGACUUCGGGUAGGAGAUAACUGGGGAAACAGACAUUAUCAGCUUACUG